CAUGCUUCGCCUGCUUUUUCACACAUCCGAUUUCCCAUCGAGCUAUUGCGCUUGCACGUCAACCUUUUUCGCGGAAUGAUCGCAGUAUGAGCAAAAACCCCAAACCUGAGGUGUCUUCCGGUUGGAUCCGACUCCACAUAACACCUUUUCGCCCGGAGUUGCUCACCACGUACCUGGGGCCAGCACUUGCACCGCUCGCGAGGAACAUCUCUUACCAUUCUGCGCAGACAUUUCCAGAAACAGGUUUUGGUUAUCUGGAACUCCCUGCCAUGGAAGCGACUAAAAUCAAGCACAAGCUUAACGGCUCAAUCUUGCGAGGCCAGAAGAUUCGAAUUGAAGAUGCAAGGCCUGAAAAGAGAAAGCGGCAGCUCAAUGAGGGGGAAAUAGAGCAGGCACGACAAAAUGAAACCGAGCGACCACCUAAAAAAUUGCGAGGGACCAAGAAGAGCAAGGCGGGCGAACAGGUUCUACAGGGUUAUGAGCUAACAGGCGAUCGUAAAGUCGUGAGAGGUUGGACGGAAUCGAUAGCGGAAAAGAAAUUGAUGAAAGAAAGGAAGAAGAACAAAAAAGAAACGGUCGACAAAUUCACGGAAGAAGAAAGCGAAAAAAAGGAAAAGAAGGCGCCAAAGAAAAGGAGGGAGGCAUCUAAAUUCACAAAUGGACCAGAAUGCUUGUUUCGCACAAGUUUGCCUAAAGGGACUGAGACGGUGGAUGUGAAUGAAAAGAAGGACCAAAAAGAGAAAAAAAAGAAACAGCGUCAGGGAGUGGUCGUUGUGCAUGAAUUCUCAAACACGAAAAAGCAUGCUUCAUUCUUGAAGACGACGAGAACCUCUGGCAGUAAAAUGACUCAAGAGUACGUAGAGGGCAAGGGCUGGGUUGACAUUGAUGGACAGGUCAUUGAAGCGGAAACGGAAAGGCAGAAACAAACGCGGGAGAGAAUGGCGAAGAGAGAUCGAGAGAUUAUGGAUGUUGAGGAAGAGAAGAAGAAUACAAUAGCACUAGAGAGCGAUCGUUCUUCUUCGGAGCCUUCCUCAUCCGAACCUUCAUCCCUAUUAACCGAUUCCUCGUCUGAAGAGGAAAAUAGUGAAAUGGGAGCAGAUGACAUUACCCCGAAGGCCGUACAUCCACUCGAAGCGCUCUACAAGCGGCCAAAGCUCUCUUCUCUAGAUACCACGCUAAGGAAUACCACGAGAGAGCCGGGAUUUACAUUUUUUGGUGAUGUUCACGAUUCUGACAUUGAAAUUGAGGACAACUCCGGAGAUAAAAGUGAUCCGCAAACCCCAUUCACAAGACAGGAAAUGGAGUCCAGGAUUAUUCGCAGCGGCGCACCGACGCCAGACACUGCAGCCAUUGGCAGAAGGUUAUUAUUCUCUGUUAAAGAACAAAAUAAUGAGAACGAAGACGAAGAGGAAAACGAAGAUCACAUAAAUGAAGAAGAUGCGCACGCAAGCAAUGAUAAAAGUGCCGCAAUGAAUGACGCUGGUGCAAUAGAUGGCGUUAGACAUGCAGACAUCAAUUAUAAGAAGGAGAGCGAGUUUGCCAAGUGGUUUUACGCAAAUCGAAGCGAUAACAAUCGAAAAUGGCGCUCACGAAGACGGGAGGCGAUGAAGAUAAAACGGAAGCGUGAAAACAGACGAUUGACGAGGAGAAUAGUCUAGUCAUUUUCUUACGCUUGAGGAGGGCCCCUUUACUCGUCUUUAUUGCCCAUAGAAUCACCAUUGUUACUUCAGAUAUCAGGACAUAUCAGUUAUGUCAUCGAAGAGCAGUCUCAUGUUGCAUCCCCAUAUCCCAGAAGCCCUUCUCAAGCUUUGUUCCCUUGAUGAAGAUAUCCACAAGUUCCUCUAAACGAUGAAGACUAAUCUUUCUUGCCUCCUUCUCAACUAGCUUCCGUCCGAGCUGAACAGCUUCAACAUAGUCGUCAGCCACAUAGUUCUUAAUCCACUUCCAAUACAAGUUGCCUUCCUUUUUUG